AAAUAAUAAAAAUAAACCCAAACAAACAAAAUCAUCACAAAAACACCUUCGUUGAAGCUCCAUCUCUCUACCAAGUUUCAUUUGAUGAUCUUUACCCUUUCGAUUGAAUGAUUCCCAAUCCUCAAAAUUGACUGUAAUCGCGCGAAUGUCAAACCCUAAUUUGGCUCUCUCUACUGCUUCGGCGCAGCACACGGCGGUUCCCCCUAUUCGUAGUGAAAUCGAGGAGAUUUCUCAAUGGCACGGCCCCGAAAGCUCGGGGUGCAACAGCUUAUGGCGCGAGGCGGCCCUGGUUGUACCGUCGGCUUUGCUGGUGUUGUACCUAGGGUUUCAAGCAAGCCGCAAUGUGAAGAAGCUCAGGCACAGGAAGUCUUAUGUGAUGAUCGCGUACUACGCGCUCUUGUGGGUCUCGGCUCUUCUCAACUUGGCUUGGUCUCUGGUUCAGGGAUGGCAGUGUGUUCCUGAUAAGGUAGUUGCUUGGAACCUGUUGUCAUUAUUCACUGAAUGUGGGAUGCUGUCUUUAGAGAUCAGCAUAGUUGCGUUCCUGCUCCAGGAUAAUUAUGCGAAUGGAUUAGAAGCACUUGCACAUACUUUCCUUAUUUCAGGUUCCUUUGUAGCUGUUGAUUUGCUUGUUCAGGCAAUCUUCAUAUUCGGGUUUGGAGUACCUAUCUUCAUCAACAGUGAUGCUGCUACACACUGGGGAAAGUGGAGUGUAGUGUUCUUUCACAUAUUGGUGCUUGCAUCAGUCUACUGCUACAUACUGUUUGUUCAUUAUUCGAAGUGGAAAGAUAAGUUGCCACCAAGGCCAUCAUUCUACAACUAUGUUGUCUGCAUGUUCGUCGUAAAUGUUGUGGGAUUGUUUGCUAGUGGAUUGGCUGGAAUUGGUUUUGGCUUAGGAUUCUGGCUGUACAAUUUCAUGAUCAUCUGCCGCCACUCCCUUUAUCUCCCUUUCCUCUAUGCAACUUUCCUAGCCGAUUUUUUCCAGGAGGAAGAUUGGCUUUUGGAUAAUGCAUAUUACUCAGAGAUGAAAGAUGCUGGUUUUUUCGAUUCCGAGUGGGAUUAGCUAUAGUAUAUUGAUGCUUUUUCUGUAGGCUUGUAAAUAAAACUCUGGGCUGAAUCUUUAUCUUUAAAUACAGCCAAGAUGUAAUAUUUAUGUUAUUCAACUGUAAAUGCCCUUACAAUUACACGAACUCAUAAUAUACUUAUAUUGCUGCAGUUGAAGGUGAUCUAUAAUCUAUAAUACUUUAAUUUUGAUGCUCAACAACAAUUCAAAAUACGUGAAUACAAAUUAUACAUACAAUCAUAAUCAAAUAAUUUUCAAAUUAUACACAUGAGAAUAAAUAAAUUUCAAAAACUACAAACUAUUUUGCAGCCGCAUAUAUUCACCAUAAACCCGUGGACCCGUCUCCUCUUCAUGAUGAGCAUUGUUAUACGCAUAUCCUCCAUGACUAGACACAUCAAGCCCAGCCACUUCAUCAUCUCUUGAUAUCCUCAAAAUCCCAAGCCAAUGAAGCAAAUAAAACAAUGGCCCCAUAGUCAAGCUAACCCAUCCCACCAAAACCAAAAGCUCAACCACUUGAGCCCCAAUCAAACCCCAACCACCACCCAACAAGAGCCCGUACGGCCGGGCCCCCGGCCCAACUCGGCCCGAAUCGUAAACCUUCACCACGAACUCCUCCUUCGCAAAAAGCCCGGUGAAUAUCAAGCCCCAAGCCCCACAACCUCCGUGCAACUGGGCCGCCUCUAACGGGUCAUCGAUCUUCAUCUUCAGGGCCAAGACAUUGAGCCCAAUAAGAACCCAAGCCGCAACAAGCCCACAAACGAUCGCGGCCCAAGGCUCCACAACCGAACAGCCUGAAGUAAUCGCCACAAACCCACCUAACAACCCAUUGCAGACAUCGAGCCCAUCCCAAUGGCCCACGAGCACCCGACGGGCAAAAAGGGUCGUGAGCCCGGCCGUCGACCCGGCCAAUGUGGUGGUGACAGCUGUCCGGCCCACGGCAUUCCACUGCCCGUGCCCUUGCCUGGGCAGCACAAGAAUCUUGUCGAACGAGCCUGGGUUAAAACCGAACCAACCGAACCAGAGCAAAAACGUGCCGAGUACCACGAGGGUCGAGUUGUGGCCGCGCAUGGAAACGGGCUUACCGAACGCGUCGAAACGGCCCACUCUCGGGCCCUCGAUAAACGAGCCCCAAAGCCCGGCCACACCGCCCACCAAGUGAACGACCCCACUACCCGCAAAGUCGAUGGAGCCCGAACCGAAGAGUAAUGGGCCCAGAGAAUUUGGGCUUAGCCAGCCCGACGAAGACCAGGUCCAAUGGGCCGCGACGGGAUAAACGAAUCCCGAUAAGAAAAACGAGAAGAUUAAGUAGGCGCUGAAUUGGGUCCGCUCGGCAAUCGACCCGCUAGUGAUGCCCGCAACGGCAAUCGCGAAAGCCCAUUGGUAGAGAAAGAAGCUAUAGUCAUAUGAGCUUGAUGGGAUGUCUUUUAGAGCAAAAUGGGAUGUACCGAUAAACGGGUUUUUAUUCGGGCCUUCGCCAAAGGCGAAAGCGAAACCGAAGAGGAAAUAAGAUAGGCUUCCGAUAACUGCAUCGACUACGUUUGUCAGCAUUAUGUUCAUUGCGUUCUUGGCCCGAACAGAGCCCGCGCAAAGCAUGGCGAACCCGAGUUGCAUUACGAAAACUAGGUAAGCUGAAAAUAGGAGAUAAAUGGCAUUGAUGGAAUCUGUGACAUUAGAUUCCCAUGAGGGUUCUUCCAUGGUUUUUGGAGAAAGGUUGGGAAUAAUUUUGUGGUGAGAUUUGUGAGGAUGUUAUAUGGUAAAGAUUGUUUUAGAUGAGACAUUAAAUGGGACAUUUGUA